UUCCCCUGAAAGGACUGAAGACGCUCGGACACAUAAUGCUCCACCAGGGUCAAUAAUUAGAGCAGACGACAGAUACUACUGACCAGUCAACUAGUCCGAGAGCAAAGCUGGGAAACAGUUCUUUUUCUUUAUUGUAAAUAUAGGACUGAAAAAGAGAAAGAGAGAGAGAGAGAAACGGGAGUGUGAGAGCUCCUCCUUUGGUGCGAGAGAGAGAGAGAGAGAGAGAGAGAGAAGCGCUGGCUGAUUUAGUCUCUACGUCAGAGGGACGAUGGUUGCAGGCUGGUAAAAAUGGCCGCUCUCUCCGAGGACGGGAGAUACGGACUCAAUUGCGGCCGCAAUGCCGACAGAAUCACCGUUUUGCACGUAAAACUCACCGAGACGGCCAUACGAGCGCUAGAAAACUACCAAAACUGUAAGAAUGUACCGUCCUCACAGCCAACAAUACAUUUCCAAGGACUGCAAGGGCGCAUCAAGAUUCCAAAGUCUGACGUCUCGGAUGGAUCUCAUAUCUUCGAUUUCUACCUGUCCAAUGUCGGCAAGGACAAUCCUCAGGGAAGCUUUGAAUGCAUUGAGCAGCAUGUGUCCAGCUCCGGCGUCCCCCGCUUGUCCUCUCUGGGGGCGAUCCAGGACAAAAUCACGGUGUGCGCCACCAACGAUUCCUACCAGGUGACCAGAGAGCGCAUGACGCAGGCCGAGGAGGACACGCGCAGGAAGGGCACCAAGGUCAUCAAACCCGGAGGGCAAUUCAGAGGUACAAAGGUGCAGAUCCGAAAGCCAGCUCCCUCCGCCCCCGACCCGGUCCCAGAGAGGAAACGGUCGACCCCCAUGAACCCAGCCAACACCAUCCGCAAGUGCCUUACCAACAACCCAGUAUCCCAGCGGCCAUACCGGGAGCGCAUCAUCCACCUGCUGGCUCUGCGCUCCUACAAGAAGCUGGAGGUCUUGGCCAGGCUGCAGCGAGACGGGAUCAGCCAAAAGGACCGCAACUCGCUGGGGAGCACCUUACAGCAGGUUGCAAAUCUGAACCCAAAGGAUAACUCGUACUCCUUAAAGGACUUCAUUUACCGUGAGGUCCACAGAGACUGGCCCGGCUACUCGGAGGAUGAGCGUGUUCAGGUGGACCGGAUCUUGGCUCGUAAACUGGGCCUGCCUGCAGAUUCACUCUCAUCCAGCAGUUCUCCAAAAGAACCAACAUCACCACAGAAGCGCCAGCCUCAGGGUGACUUCAUCGACCCUCUGAUGUCCAAAAAACCCCGUAUCUCCCACCUCAGCAGCCGAGGAGCUCAUGGCUCGUCGGAUCGCCGCCCGCCUACAGAAACCGAAGAGAAGAGACCAGCUCCUCCAGUGAAUGCAGCCUGCCCGGGUCCUUCGUCCCAGCCUCCAGUGUCCCACCCUCCCUCUGGUUCGAACUCCAACUCGCCCAGCACACCCGAGGGCCGCGGAACCCAGGACCUGCCCCUGGACCAGAGCUCCACAUGCGGGGAGGAGACGGAACGCUACGCUCCCCGCUCCCUCACUCCCAGCACCACCUUUCUCCCACCUUCUGCCACAUCCCCAGCAGCCAACAGUAGCAAAAAGCCCAAAAAGAAGUCAAAGAAGCACAAAGACAAGGAGCGGGAAAGGAGAGGAGACGACGAGAGCGUGCGGCACAGGGAGGUCCAGGCCGAGAAGGAGGAAAGGCCGAGAAAGAGACACCGCACCGAGGCAGAGACGCACUCGCCGUCCAACGUGAACAGCCCUUCAGAUGCAGAACUGCACAGAGAAGAGAGAACAAGCAAACCUGAGCUUACUGAACUAUCCACCCCGGUGAUACCUGAUUAUAUAGCUAAAUACACUGCGGUAGUGUCUACGGAUCAGCGGCAGCGCUACAAGGACGACUUUAAUGCCGAGUACGAUGAAUAUCGCACUCUUCAUGCUCGUGUGGAGAACAUCACAAGGCGCUUCACACAGCUGGACACUCAGUGCCGACGCCUGCUACCCGGAACCAAAGAGUACCAGGAGGUGCACGAAGAGGUGCUUCAAGAAUACAAGAAAGUCAAACAACACAACCCGAAUUACCACGAAGAGAAGCAGCGCUGUGAGUACCUGCACAACAAGCUGGCCCACAUCAAGAGGCUCAUUGCUGACUUUGACCAGCGGAGGGCGCAGUCCUGGCGUUAAGUGGUGGGGACCCCAGCAGCCAAUCAGAGCUCUUCUCAGCCUAAAAGACCACAGCCAAUGGCAGCCAGGGGAUCAGACAGCCUGAAGUGUUUCGUUUUCUCCCCCCCCUUCCCUCCCUUCUCCUUGUAUUUUCCCCGUAUCUGAUCUGUUCCUUAUUCUCCAUUUAUUAAGUCAACAUUUCAUUACCCCCCCCCCUUCCCUUCUGUCCUUUCCUGUUGUUCCUUCUGACCACUGCCUCCACUGUUUAAGAAAGGAGAGCCACUCUUCCUGCUAGUGAUGUCAAGCAUGUCCAGGAGGAUAACUCUUCGUAUAUAUAUGGUUUUUUUUUUUUUUUUUUUUUUUGAACAGACUUUAAAAGGAAAAAAACAAAGAGAAUUAAACAUUUUUCAAAGCAAAGAAAAUACUAUAUAUAUAGCUACCUGUAUUUAAAAGAGAAAAAAACAAAGGAAGAUCUAUUUAUUUUGAAUGGAAGGAGAAGAUGGAGUUCCACGGAUGAUUAUAAGGUUUAGUUUCUUUUCUGGAUGCAAACGCAUUGCCGGGGGCCUUACAAUAUACAGUGUCUAUAUGACUUCCUAAAGCCUUUUGCACAGGGGCAGCUGAGCCAGUGCGUAUUUAAAAAAAAAAAAAAAAAAAAAAAAAUAUGGGAGGGGGGGGGGUUGAAAUAGAGGGUACAUGGUGAAAAGGGGAGCCAGGAGCUAUAAGAUUCCCUUCCUCUCGGGACCCUGCCUUGAGCAGCAGCAGUAUUCUCUCGCUCGCCGUGCAAAUGGUGCCUUAACGUGUUCGUUUACACAAAAGGAUGUGGAGUCCGACUGUGUUCCAGGGGCCCGGAGCAGAAGAAACGACUGUGACCUAGCGACAAAGUUCAGACACACAUCCGUGGAAGGUGUGUGUGUGAUUUAUUUUUAUUUCUUCUUUUUUUCCUGUGCGUGUGUGUGUAGCGCCGCUCACGUUCGUGAGACGACGGAAAAUAGUCGACAGCUCGUCAGUGUUUGUUUUGGAGAGUGUGUGCAAGAGCGAUCAAGGUGUGUGUGUGAGAGAGAGAGUGUUUUGUUUUUUUCCUUAGAGUUCAUGAGGGGAGGGUUGGGCUUGUGAGAGUAGGGGGGGUGGAUAAAAGAAAUAAAAAUGGGGGGGGGGGUGUAAAAAAAAAAAAAAUAGAAAAUGGAAAACCAAAAAAAGCUGCUAUGGCCUUUGAACCGCCAGAGCAUUGGUGAUCAACCUGGCUCAUGUUACAUUGUUCUUAACCUUAAAUGAUAAGGACAGAGGAGUGUGUGUGUGUGUGUACACACGUGUUCUCUCCACAGCACCAGACAAACACAAAGAACACAGUUCUCUCUCUCAUUUUUUUUUUCUUCCUAAAAAGAAGAGCAGAAGUACCAGAGCCAUACCUUAUAUUACUAUCAAUUUCAAUUGUAUUCUUCUUAAUUAUUCCAUAAGUUUCAAAACAUUAGUUAUUUAUAAAUAAUGACUAGCAUGCUGUUUUUUUGUUUUGUUUUUUUUCCUUUUUUUAAAAAAAAAAAAAAUUCAGGAGGAAAGAAUUUUGCAGAUUUACUUUUUGACGUACGCAAAUUAUGUAUGGUGAUCUGAUCUGAAGAGCGAGUCUUAUUUUCAUGAGGGGGAGAGAGGGGAAAAAAAAAAAGAGAAAGAUGGUUUAAGGGAAACUUUGUUUACAAAACCUGUGUUUGAAUAUUUUUUUUUCUUGCAGGGGGGGAUAGAAUCUAUUGUUUUGGUGAUUUUUUUUUUUUGAAAUAAACUGCAUCUUAUUGAUCUAGCUUAUUUCUGUACGAUGAUGCGCAAUGAGUUUCCUUAAAGAAAGUGCUAGCAUCGCAGUUCGUCACGCUCUGUUCCCUUCUCGCCUUUUUUUUUUUUUUUUUUUUAAAUCCGAAACAAGGAAUAAAAAUGCAGAAAUAGUCUGAAGGGGAAACGCACUGUCUGUCGGAUUAUUGCAGAUGAGAACAUUCAAACCCUACAGAGAUAUAUAUGCAAAGUCUUAGUGGA